AUGUUUCAGGAGGAGAAAAACAAGCUUUACGAGGAGUAUGCACAGGCCCUACUUAGUAACGAGAAGGCAUACCAGGCACUCAAGAUGGAGCAAGAAGUGUACAGGCAGACCCACAAACACUACCUGAAGAGUGAGAACGACGUCAAGGCUUUGCAAACAGUGGGGCAUAUAAUUGGCGAGGUCCUGGAAAAACUAAGCGAUGAGAAGUUCAUAGUCAAAAGUAGUCAGGGCCCAAGGUAUGUUGUGGGAUGUAUGAAAGCAAUAGACAGAAAGAACAUAACGACUGGGACAAGAGUUGCAUUGGACAUUACAACUCUGACGAUUAUGGUUGUGCUUCCUAGAGAAGUUGACCCAAUGAUACAUUCGAUGGGAGAAGAAAGUCCUGGAGAUGAUAUUUCCUUUGAAUCUGUCGGAGGUCUUAAAGAUCAGAUCAGAGAACUGAGAGAAGUGAUAGAACUUCCACUAAAGAACCCAGAUAUAUUCAAGAGAAUUGGUGUUCGCGCCCCCAAGGGGGUUCUUCUGUAUGGACCUCCUGGAACAGGUAAAACAUUACUAGCAAGAAUAGUUGCAGCUACAAUGGAUGUGAACUUUCUGAAGGUGGUAUCGUCUGCAUUAAUCGAAAAAUACAUAGGAGAAUCGUCAAGGAUGAUCAGGGAGAUGUUUGCUUAUGCAAGGAGAAAGGCACCAUGCAUAAUAUUCAUGGACGAGAUCGAUGCAAUUGGAGGAAAGAGGUCUAGAGAGUCGAGCUCGUCCGAUAGAGAAGUCCAGAGGACGCUUAUGGAGCUUCUUAAUCAGCUGGAUGGAUUUAACGAGCUUGACAAUGUAAAGGUUAUCAUGGCGACAAAUAGGCCUGAUAUACUUGAUCCUGCACUCCUCCGUCCAGGGAGGCUGGAUAGGAAGAUAGAAAUUCCCCUUCCCAACGAACAGGGAAGGAAGGAAGUCUUGAAGAUUCACUCUAGGCCUAUGAAUGCUAUUGAAGAAAUUGAUUAUGACUCAUUAGUGAAGUUAACUGCAGGAUUCAAUGGGGCCGAUCUAAGAAAUGUUUGUACAGAAGCUGGGAUGAUUGCUUUGAAAGAUGAAAGAGAUUACGUAAAACAUGAAGACUUUGUCAAGUCUGCUAGGAAAAUAGCAGACGCAAAAAAAUUGGAAACUAGAUUGGACUAUAAGAAGAAGUAA